AAGCGCCCCCAGUGGUCGACGGUGACGUCACUCCGCCUGUGUGUUUGUUAUGUGGUCUUCAAUCAGCGGCUGCUAGCUAGCACCGAGCCUCGCCUUCAAACAUGCUCUGAAUUUACAACCAGCAGGUUUGGAGGACAGAGAUGGCAGUGUGUGCACUGACCAUGUUGGAUGGGAUGGAGGAUGAGGUAGCGGCAGCAGGCGGCGUGUUUCUCCUGGUCCUGGCCCUCAUCCUGGCUUGGCUCUCGACCCACGUGGCAGAUCGGGGAGACCACAUACUGGGCACCAUCCUCACGGUGGGCGCUCACGCCUCCCUGAUAGGACUGGGAGGCCACGACAGCUACAGCGGGGGGCCAGCGAGCGCCGACGCCCCCGAGCCGCAGACGCCUCCGCCUUCGCAGGAGAACAAGCCGGAUGAGGCUGAGCCGACGGCCGAUAGAGGGGAAGGUGAGGGGGCGGGGGAGGGGGCCGAGGGGGUUUGGACAGACCUGCUGCUGGACAUACAAAGGAGUAAACAACCUCAGACGGGAAGACUGAAUUCUUCGGAAGGAGAGGAGGAGGAGGAGGAGGAGGAGGAGGAAGAGGAGGAUGAUGAUGAUGAUGAGCUGGAGGAGGAAGAAAAAAAGGCUGUAAAGAAUAUUCCAGUGUUGACCAACACCAUCUCCCCUACCACCACUUCCAUCUGUGUCCGUCUUAAGUUCUUAAAUGAAACAGAGGAGGUGGCUGUUGUAGAACCAGAUGAUACAGUGGGAGUACUGAAGAGUAAAUGUUUCUCAGGUCGGGAGCAUCAAAUAAAAUUAAUCUACCAAGGCCAGUUGCUGCAGGACCCCAAGAAGACUCUGUUAUCCCUAAACAUCACAGACAACAGUGUGAUCCACUGCCAUAUCUCCCAGGCCCUGCACGAAGCCAGUCCGGAGGAAGGCGCUCAGUCUGGGGCGGCGUCGGGAGCCGGGUCCGGGGUCUCCGGAGGAUUCAGGGCUGCGGGCGUGGCCAUUAGCACCAGCAGCCUGGUGGUGCCCGUGUUUGUGGUGAUACUGGCUGUAGUCUGGUACUUCCGCAUCAACUACAGGCAGUUCUUCACCGCGCCUGCGACCAUCUCCCUCGUGGGAGUCACUGUGUUCUUUAGCUUUCUGAUAUUCGGAAUGCACAGCCGCUGAAAAAAAAGGCAAAGGGAGAGCUCGCACGUCGAGCUGAAUGCUGCGAGGCGAAAGUAAAAAUAACUGCGGUAGUGGGCAAGCGUCUGGAGAGAUGGACUAAUCAGAAAGGAGCCUCGGUGCAGAUGCUACAGCUGAUUAGAGUGUGUGGGUGGGCAGUCGGGUGAGCCUGUUUGUGCAUGCACCAAGCAAAGGAGAUGAGAGAUUGUACAGUAGAGGUGCAGUGGCUAAUACUCUGCAGGGAGGGAAGAUCUGAUUUAACUGCAACAUAAUUUAGCUUCUCGUCAAACAUGACUUAGUGGUUCGCACCAUGUUAUAACACUCUGGCUUUUAUCCUGUCUGCUCUUUUAUUGUUGUUAAAGAUUUAUUGUUUUCUCGUACGUUUUUAUUUUUCAGAGAACUCUUUCUGUGCGUUAAGAAAAAAACAAUUACAUAGAUGCAAGAAUCUAAAAUCAUCUGGAACCACCCACUGUUGUGCUUCGUGUGCCAGUUUGACUCUUAAACCUUUUAUUUGAAUGGCUCUCUGUAAACAACUAUAAACUGUACAACUGCCUCAGUGAAAACGUUUUUUUUUUUUUUUUUUUUGUUGCUAUGUAGAACUUUAGGCUAAUGUAAGCAACCACUAGACAUGAAUAUAGACACAUUCUGAGAAGACACUGUAAAUAGAUUGUGUAUUUUCUGUAAAUAAAAUAAUAGAUGAAUCAGGUGAGCUUGCAUCUGGCACUUAAAGAUUUGGAAGGGGAACCCUCCUGGUAAUGCUGGACUGCUUUGGUUUCAGUGGAAUCAUAUUAAAGCAUUUCAAAGCAAA